CGCUUACUUCCUUUUGCAUGCAAAUUCCCUUGUCCUGAUUCUCUUUUCUCUCUCUUCCUCACACUUUCUGAGACUAGAAGUAACAAUUAACAUAAACUAUUCUCUCAUAGUCAUAUAUAUUCUUCUCUGAAAUCCAAGUUGAUGCUACUUCUAUAGCUGGAUUACCAAGUGUUAGGUACAGUUCUACAAUAUUAUUGCUUCACUGAUAAUCUCUCAGAUUUAUCCCUUCCAAUUCCAAUAUUCUAUCCCUUUUUUCAAAUAUUAUUCUUCUCAUUUGCCCUGUUUGAUUUUGUUCUGGUUCAUUGUAAUUCAACUGAAUUUUGUUCUGGGCAAUUAGAUUUUAUUGAGGGAGAAGUCUCUGCUGCAGUUGCUUUUCAUGAGUGCGGUGCUGUGUUAGUGGUCUGGAGAUAUGGGGGCAGCAAGCUCUAAGGUGGAAGAUGACAAGGCCCUGCAGUUAUGCCGUGAAAGGAAGAAGUUUAUUCGGCAAGCUCUUGAUGGAAGGUGCGCCCUAGCUGCUGCUCAUGUUGCUUACAUCUAUUCUUUGAAGAGUACUGGGACAGCAGUUAGAAAGUUUGUGCAACCAGAUGUUCCAGUGGAGUCUUCCCUGUAUACCUCCACCAGUGCUACUCCAGAACCACUUGCUUUGACUGAGAAGUCACUUUCUCGAUUUUCAUUUCCUUCCCCAUCAGUUUCACGUGUGGAGGUUAAUGAACAUCUGGCGCCGACUCCUUCUCCUCCAACUGCAGGCCGCUAUCAGGUUCAUCGUAUGAAUUUUAGGGGCAGCUUCACCAGAAAGGUUGAAGAAAAGCCUCCGGUAGUUACCACUGGGACUGUUACUGCAUUAAGCACACCGCAUAAUACCACUCCUCGAUCUCUUGGGAAAAAUGAGCGUAAUCCGUCAGAAGCCCCAACUCAGGAUCCUGGAAGUCCGCCCCACCUACCUGAAAAUCCACCUUGGGAUUAUUUUGGGCUUUUCCAUCCGGUUGACAAUCACAUAUCAUCUCAUGAGGAAAGAGAUUUAGACCACAAUUUUAGAAACAAUGGUGACCUCGAACAUUUUAAAAAAGAUAAGGAAGCUCUUGAACUGGAACAUGGGGAGGAGGAAAUCCUCUCUGAUUCAAGCCAAGGAUCCGAGUCAGAUGAAUUUGAUGAUCCCUCUUCAGAUACACUAGUUCGAAGCUUUAAAAAUCUUAACCGAGAAGAUUACUAUGGUGCCACUGGCGCUUCGCCUACAGUACAGAUUGUGGAUAAUGCUGAAGCUGAGAAUGAAUCAUAUGAUGAGGAGACGGUCAACUCUCCACUAUUGUCACCCUUGAAAACAAAAUCUUCAGAAGCUACAGCUACUCCUGAAGCUAAAGUGGCAUCAGGGAAAGAUGACGAUUUUGAGCAUAAGAUUUCCCCUAAAGAUUUCUUCUCUAGUAUUAGAGAAGUCGAGCUUCUUUUUAUUAAGGCUUCUGAAGCUGGAAAAGAAGUGCCGAGAAUGCUAGAAGCAAACAAGUUGCAUUUUCGCCCUUUAUUGCCGGGGAAAGAGUCUGGUGGGAUUACAACAGCUACUCUACUCAAGGCCUGUUUCUCCUGUGGAGAAGAUCCAAGCCAAGUUCAAGAAGAGCCUGUUCACAACUCAGUGAAGUACUUAACUUGGCAUCGUACUACAUCAUUACGUUCGUCAUCCUCCAGGACCCCUCUCGAAUCACAUUCCAGGGAGGACGUUGAGGACCUUACAAAUGAUCUCUUUGAGGAUUUCUACAGAAUUUCUGGCAGUCAUGCGUCUACUUUAGAUAGGCUGUUCGCAUGGGAGAGAAAGCUCUAUGAUGAAGUUAAGGCUAGUCAGCUUGUAAGAAGGGAGUAUGACAUGAAAUGUAAGCUUUUGAGAGAACAAGAAUCUAGGUGUGAAGGCCAAAACAAGAUUGACAAGACUCGUGCUGUCGUCAAGGAUUUGCAUUCUAGGAUCCGAGUUGCGAUUCACAGAAUUGAUUCAGUAUCAAGGAGAAUUGAAGAAUUGCGGGACAAAGAGCUGCAGCCACAGCUUGAGGAAUUGAUUGAAGGAUUACGAAGAAUGUGGGAAGUGAUGUUUGAGUGCCACAAACUUCAGGUGCACAUAAUUACAAUUGCAUUUAGCAACGGCAGCUUAAAACUAUCCCUACAAUCAGAAUCACGUCGUCACAUCACCCUCCUCCUUGAAGAUGAAUUGCGCAAUCUAUCCUUGAGUUUCACGAAAUGGAUGAAUGCUUUGACCUCCUAUAUUCAGGCAAUUAAUGUAUGGCUAAACAAAUGUGUCAUUCAGGAGAAAUCUUCAAAGAAGAGAAGGUGGUCGUCGGGUUCCUCACAUGAUAAAUUGAGAACUUCAGGCCCACCAAUAUACACUACCUGUGGUGCUUGGCUUGACUCACUUGAUAAUUUGCCAGUGAAGGAAGUGACAGAUACAAUAAAAGGGUUAGCGACUGAGAUUUCUCACUUGAUACCGCACCAGGAUAAAGUCCAAGGGAAGAAGGCCCAUGAAGGAGCAGAUUUCAUGCUUGAAAGGCGUACUCAUGAAGCCUUCGACGAGUGGAAUACAGGAUAUGAUCAAUUCCAAUCAAGUUUUAUCAUUUUUCUGACCCAGAUUUGUAGCUUCGCAGAGCGUUCACUGAACAUGUAUACGGAACUUCAGACUAACAUUGAAGAUUCCAAGAGAAACUAUGAGCACAAGAUGUCCCAACCAUAAUUUUUAUCUGUUUGAUAGGGACCAUAUGGUACAGAUUGGGGGUUUCACCACAGUUUCAGGUAUAUAUUACAACUUGUUAUCAUGGAAGUGGUAUAAUCUAUUGGAUUCUGGCAUAUGUACAGGGAUGAAGAAUAAAGAUGUACUCCUAUCUUGAAGGUUCGUUGGUUUUCCAGAGUUAACUAAUAAAAGGAGCUGAGUGUUUUAUAUAAUUUCAUACCUACAAGAUUAUAUGUAGUCCAAGCUUUUAUCAGCGGAUGAGAUUAUUGUUUGUAGAAAAAUGGUAGAAUGAAUUACUUUUUUGAAUUUUUUCUUAUACGUGCAAUGUAUAUCUUAUCUUAGAUUUGGUUGAAGCAAAUUGUACUGGAUAGUGGAUA